AUCCUGUCAGACAUAAGAGCGAAGAAUGGAGUUGGAGAGCAGCUGUGAAAAUGUUGAAAACUGUGAUAUUAAGGAUAAAAAUGUACCUCGAACACCGAGUCGCAUCCAGGAUGAAGGAAAAGCUCAAAAGCGCAGAGGAAGUAGAUAUUUGAGGUGGAUCACAGUGGGUCUCGGGGUUAUUUGUGUUCUUCUGCUGGUCUUCAUCAUACUGAAGCACAUCACCAUCACAGCAGAGAGAGACCUGAUAAAGAGUUACAAGAACACAGUUGAAGAGUUCAAUCAAACCAUCAACAGCUUACAGGACAGUUACACUGAUCUAAUGACUGAAAAACACCAACUGCAGGACAACUUCAACUCUUUGAGUCAGAAAAAACUGGAGCUGGAGACCAGAAUCAAAGAUCUCACUGAUGAGAAAGACCAGUUACAGAGAGAUUUUGACUCUUUGAAUAAAAAGGGCACAGUUUGUUUUUUCAUGUCCACUGAGUUGAAGAGCUGGUCUGACUGCAGACAGUACUGCAGGGAUCGUGGUGCUGAUCUGGUCAUUAUCAACACUGAAGAGAAGCAGAGGUGCAUAUCUUCAUUAGUCAGUGAGAGAGUGUGGAUUGGUUUGUCUGACACAGAAAACGAGGGCAUCAUGAAAUGGGUGGAUAAUUCACCACUGAAACAAGGGUUUUGGUUCAAAGGUGAGCCAAACAACUCCAAUGGAAAUGAGGACUGUAUUGAACUGAAUUAUAAUAGAGAGGAGACGGGAUGGUCACCGCUGAACAGCUGGAAUGAUUACCCAUGCUCUGAGAAGAAAAAGGGGAUUUGUGAGAAAUAGGGUUCAUCCCGUCUUGAGGUUUUGCUUCUGUUAUCUAAUAUAAUCAUUCUUAUUGUCAACACACAAGUUCUGAUUGAGGUUCCUACCUUUUAAAAAAAACAAUCAGCUGAUCUGAAAUUUGUUCGAAGGAAAAUGUCAAAGUGUCAUUAUUUUCGUAUUGCUAUAAUAACCUUUGUUUCACAUGAUGUGAAUUCAGGACACAAAACCUCUGAUGUGUUCAUGUUUUGCUCCAUCACAAGCAGCUCUAUAUUAAUA